GGGCGGCGGCCCACAGUUCCAGCGAGCCCAAGCCUGGGGAAAUCAUUAACCAGAAACAAAGCACAAAAGGACACUGACAUCGUUAACUGUUAGCGCAUUAUCGUUGGAGAGUGUGGCGGGCUUAGAUUGCGAGCGUCGCUUCGCAGAGCCGUCGGAUGACUGUCUGACUCAUCACAACCCGCGAAUGACAGGCGUGCAUUCAAGGGUGGGGCCCUCCUCAGUCUCACAUGAUUGGCCGCUGGAUGGAAAUAAGGUGAAUGGAACACAUGCCCAAGGAGCAGGACCCAAACCAAUCAGAGGGAGAAGAGAAACGGUGGCUCGAUGGCCCGAAAAGGAAGAGAAAGAACAGCCAGUGUUCGCUGAAGAGCAUGUCUGGGUACAUACCCAGCUACCUGGAGAAGGAUGAGCCGUGUGUGGUGUGUGGAGACAAAGCAACCGGCUACCACUACCGCUGCAUCACCUGCGAGGGCUGCAAGGGGUUCUUCAGGCGCACCAUCCAGAAGAACCUGCAUCCCUCUUACUCGUGUAAGUACGAUGGCUGCUGCAUCAUCGACAAGAUCACACGCAACCAGUGCCAGCUGUGCCGCUUCAAGAAAUGCAUAGCAGUUGGCAUGGCCAUGGAUCUGGUUCUGGACGACUCAAAGCGGGUUGCGAAGCGGCGUUUGAUUGAGGAGAAUCGUGUAAAGAGGAAAAAAGAAGAGAUGGUGAAGACCAUGCAAAAUCGUCCAGAACCCAGCAGCUCAGAGUGGGAGCUCAUCCGUAUGGUGACAGAUGCUCACCGCCAUACCAAUGCACAGGGCUCGCACUGGAAACAGAAACGCAAGUUCCUGCCAGAGGACAUCGGUCAGUCUCCAGUGGCCCCCACAUCAGAUGGGGACAAAGUGGAUCUGGAGGCCUUCAGCGAGUUUACCAAAAUCAUCACCCCGGCCAUCACACGUGUUGUCGACUUUGCCAAAAAACUGCCCAUGUUUUCGGAGCUGCCUUGUGAGGAUCAGAUCAUCUUGCUGAAGGGCUGCUGUAUGGAGAUCAUGUCCCUACGGGCCGCAGUUCGGUAUGACCCAGAAAGCGAGACGCUGACUCUGAGUGGAGAGAUGGCUGUUAAACGAGAGCAGCUGAAGAAUGGAGGGCUGGGCGUGGUGUCUGACGCCAUCUUUGACUUGGGAAAGAGCCUGGCGCAGUUUAACUUGGAUGACAGUGAGGUGGCACUGCUACAAGCUGUACUGCUUAUGAGCUCAGAUCGCACAGGCCUGACAUGCGUGGACAAGAUCGAGAAGUGUCAAGAGAUGUACCUCCUGGCAUUCGAACACUACAUUAACUAUCGCAAGCACAACAUUCCCCAUUUCUGGCCCAAGCUGCUGAUGAAGGUGACGGACCUGCGCAUGAUUGGAGCCUGCCACGCUAGCCGCUUCCUGCACAUGAAGGUGGAGUGCCCCACUGAACUCUUCCCUCCACUCUUCCUGGAGGUCUUUGAGGAUCAGGAGGUGUGAGGAGAUCAAGAGGAUCGGGAAAAAUUUUGUAACCUGUUUCUCACCCCCUCUCACCCCUCUCCACACACCAAAACUCACCAGCAGCUGGGGUCUUCAUGAGAACGGCUUUCAUACGGGGGGUCUUAGUCGGCAACUUAUUUUUCGACUUUUUACAGAAUACUCAGCCCUUCCCCCGUCCACUAAACUUUCUACAGGUGGCCCUUCUGUCUCUGCAUAAUGUCUUAUACUGGUUUACCAACACCUCAGUUAUAGACACAGUAUAUACAUAUAUACACACACACAUUCUUAUAAGUGUGCUUACAGAUGCAGUACCCACUGUGCGACACGUAACCUCCGAUGAGGUUGUAUACAUUUGUAUGCAUACAGACACUGCACUACUGUCACACCAACCUCUCAGAACUGGAGGAGCACUUCUGUGCCCUCAGACAAGACAGGAUGGAUUUGCCGGUUUAUGCUAUGUUGCAGCUGGCGUCGAUUCCUCUCAGCAGGUUGUGAAGUGGUCAGUUAAUUUCAGUUACAUAAAUCUCAGCAUUCUCGUAAGAUUACAAUGUAACCGCUGGCAUCUUGUCGCUCACGUAUUGUAGUUACGUCGCAAACGUGGAGCGUUUUGAACAGACCUCAUUAAUCUCUUACUAGUUACAUUGAGC